AUGCCAGGUCUUGGAGACUCUGCUUCUGGUCCUGAGCUUCGUCCUGCUCUUCGGGGCCUGGCUCUGUCUCGGACUGAGGGCCUCAGAGCAGAGCUGUUGAGAGCAGAACACCUGAAAGCCGAGGCAGUAUGGGAGGAGAACUGUGACGGGUCCAGAAAGAUGGAUGGACGGCCAAAGCUUUUCUUGCGUCGCUUCUUUUCCUCCAUUGGUCUGAACAGUGUUGGCAGACUGGUGAAAGGAGGACGCUCCAGCAGCAUGGAACAGCUCAGUAUACCCGCUCCGCCCCGGGCCAGUUCUACUUCACCAAGCCCCACACGCAGACCACCUCCUCCCAGCCGCAUCCAGAGGACACCCUCACUGCAAACCCUGCACCCAGUGCUGCCACUGGCCCAACUGCGCAAAGCCUCAUCUGUGCAGAGUUUGGAAAGAAGAACAGAACGCUCAACAAUUCUGGGAGAGGUGCAGAUACCGUAUGGCCUGGCACCCAGCCCUGACAGCCCUCAGAUUGAGCUUCAUAGGGCACUGAGUGUUGAAGAUGUACUUACCUCCAGAAUGGUGCGUCCAGUGGGCCGGGUCACUCAAGCCUUUCCUGAUGGAACUCUCCUCCUGGAGCUUGUCAGACCCCCAAAUGGCCCCUUCGGUUUUGUCAUCUCAAGAGGCAAAGGUCGACCAGAUACAGGGGUGUAUGUAGAGAAAGUGGGUGACGGUAGUGGUGAGAGUCCCUACGUUGGUCUCCUCGGCAUCGGCGAUGAGAUCCUUCAGGUGAAUGGAGAGGUGGUGGCCAGCCUCAGUCUGGACCAGGUGACACGGCUCAUGACCAGGGAGAGCACUGCCUCUCUUCGGAUCAUGCCAGCCAGACGCAUACAGCGCUAAGUGGAGAGAAAGACGUGGCACAGAGCCAUGGAUAUAAAUUCACCACUGCAAACCCUGCUUAUGGUCUACAACCUGUGGCCGAUGUCAGCUAGCCAGUGUGUAUUAUUUGCAGUUAAAAUACAAACAUAUAGGAUCUCAGGUUUACAGGUAAUUUUCCUUUGAGUGCAAACCCAUGUUAAUGGCUUACAAAUACAUUAACAGACAGCUAAAAUUAGUUAUUAACUGGAUUUUAGAAUAGCUAUUGUUAUUUUAAUGAUGGUAAAGUCAGGGAAUAAGGAUUCCAAUCCAGCAUGACUUGUUUUUAUGCAUUUUUUUAGGUCUCACUUUAGCCUAAUAGCCUAAUAAUAGUUUCAUUUAAAUGUAGCUGAAUUUUUACCUCAUCUUUCAUUUAUUAUUUAAAAACUCUUCCUUAAAAAAGGAUGACUGCAUUUAUUUUUGUCUUAAGUUACUGAAAAAAAAGUACAAGUGUAAUAGUGUAAAAACUUAAAUGCUUAGUGAGGUGAUCUUCAUUUCUUAGGUCUUUUGUCAUUUCCUAAAACUGUGUCUUUGAUUCAGGUUGUUUAAUUAUGAUGAUUGACAUGUCUGAGGCUGUGCUGUUAAUGUCAUUCAGGGCCUUGAGACCUGCAGAUGAAAGAGCUGUCAGCACAAGCUUUGACAGGUUUAUUAUUGUCUGAAACACAAAUACUAAACAAAAAGGUAUCCUACUGUAUCACAGAUUGAGAUAUUUUAUUUCUAUCACCCUUUGAAACGGAUACUGUUUGCUUCUAUAAAUAAAAUAAUAUAUUUUGUCAAACUGU